AUGGGAAAUAGAGCGUUCUAUAAACGUGCUCCGUCAAGUGAUAUUCAAGGCAUUGCAUCAACGAAUGUACCAGCGUACUCAAAUCAUGGAACUUAUUCAUUUCGAGAAAACUAUCUUUAUGGUGUAUAUACCGGAGUUCAAUGGCAGUGUGUAGAAUUUGCUCGUCGUUGGCUCUUACUACGUAAAAGUUGUACUUUCUCAGAUGUUGACAUUGCUGCUAACAUUUGGACAAACAUACCAUAUGUUGAACGUGUCACUGAUGGUAAAAAACUUUCAUUGAUAGCUCAUCCAAAUGGUUCGAAGAAAAAACCACAAAAAGAUUCAUUUCUUAUUUAUCCACGUAGUCGACGAAUGUAUGUUGGACAUAUUGCUGUUAUUACCAAUGUUGAUCAAAACUAUGUUUAUAUUGCUGAACAAAAUCAUGAAUUUCAUUAUUGGUCUGCUGACUACGCUCGUCGAGCACCACUCAUUUUUACAGAUAAUGGUUACUUCAUCGAUGACGAUUAUAAGCUUUACGGAUGGAUGGAAAUCGAAGGUAACGAGCAACUGCAACCAUUGAAUGAAUCGACUAUUCCACGAAUCUUGAGAAAAUAUCAGACAUCUGAUGAAUAG